AUGCGACCACUCAUCCCGCUCGUGCUCACCCGCGCGGUGGUCGCGGCGGCGAGCGCUCCGGCCUCGUGCCGCCUGCUGCUCGUCCGGCACGGCGAGACGAACUACAACGCGGCGGGGCGGAUACAAGGCCGGCUGGAGUCGGAGCUCACGCAGACAGGCCUCGAGCAGGCGGAGAAGCUAGGCGCGUGGGUCGACGCCUCCUCAGAGGCGCUUGCCGUCGACCGCGUCUUUGUCUCGCCUAAGCGGAGGACGCGGCAGACGCUCGCGGGCAUCGAGUCGGCGCAGCGCGCGCCACUUCCGGCGGCGGAGGUGCGGCCGGGCCUGCGCGAGAUCGAGCUGACGGUAUGGGAGGGCUCGCUGCGCAGCGACCUCGCCGAGAGCGAUCCGCGCUGGGAGCAGUGGAAGGCGCGCCCCGACGGCUUCUCGUUUGAGGAGGACGGCCACGCUCCGCUCACUGACCUCAAGCGGCGCGGCUGCCUCGGCCUCUGUGCCAGCGCGGGCGCGAGUGGCGUGAGCGUGGGCGACAGCUGUAGGCGGGCUGCCGAGGAGUGGGCUGCGUUGGUCGCGGCGACGCCGGGCGGCUCGACGAGCCUCGUCGUCGCGCACGGCGCCUUCAACCGCGUGCUCGUGCAGACGGCGCUCGGGCUGCCGGUGGACGACUUCGGCUUCAAGGACGGCCACUACGCGUUUGAGAAUUGCGCGCUGGUGGAGCUGCGCUGGGAGGCUGGGCAGGCGCACGCGUCCGCCUGGCGGAAGCGCUACCCGGCGCCGUCCGAGUGGAGGUCGAGGGAGGCGGAGGAGGUGCGGCGGGCGCGGGCGGUUGAGGCAGGGGAGCCGCCGGACGUCGAGGAGGCCGAGCACGGUGGCGCGGGGAGGAGGAGGAAGGAGGAGCUCUAG